AUGCCACAACAUGACGAUCCUGCGAUCGAUAGCAAUGGGGACGAGCAGUUUGUCACGGCCGUCGUGCCUGACGUUUGUUACUCACAACCACCGUCGUUGAAGCAUCCGCCGAAUGUCUACUCCUCCCCCGCCAACUACUACUACCCUGUUGUCGCUCCUGCUGCUUCGUCACCAGCCAUAUCCUCCCCCGAAGCACGCAUGUCUGUCUCGGGCUCGUCGACAGGCUCAUAUUCGUUACCGCGCGCCAACCUGGAUGCGUCCAUUCAAUACCCUGAGCAAGCGGCGACGAAUGUUCGUCCGCAACUAUCGCCCUCGCCUCGAGAUACAAGCGUCAUGACCGAUUCAUGUACCAAGGAGGAGCGGACCCAGUCACCUUGGUCGGCCAGAAUGUCGAGCUCUGACGGCCAUCACCCCCGCAGCACCCACGAGCCGCGGAACUCGGUAAACGUUUACACUUCAGACAAGGAGCAAGUCUCAGGUCGUGAACCUAAUGCGGUCUUGGUUUUGCUACUCCUCUCUGCGCCUAUUCCCCUCUUCUCACUCGCAACCGCAUUAUAUACAUUCUUCGCCUUGUUCCUCGUCAUUUUCACUACUCCUCUACGCCUCUGUCCCCCGACUCGGUUCUUCCGCUCUACUACCUUUUCCACUCAAUUCUGCCAGCUUCUCGCCCCUGCUCUUCUCUAUCACGAACGCCUGGCCCAGUCUAGUCGGACAUAUCACCACCAUAACCACCACAAUGGUCGUGCUAAUGACCCGUACUCUCCCGCCGAAACUACCGCGAAACAAUUCGCCCCGCUAUGGCUCAGCCUCGUUCUUACCCUCGCUCCAAUCCUCAGUCUUGGCUUACUUUUAGCUGUCUGGACUGCUGCGUUUUUCUGGAUCUUCGCCAUGAUUAUGGGCAAUCCAGACGGAACGGAGAAGAAAGACGACGGGCGAGUGGCCGUUCUCGGUGUGAAUGCCUGGUGGCAGACAUGGUUACGGAAAAGUCGGAGACGACAGUAA